UAUCCCUCAUUUUCAUCAUAUCAAUUUCAAUUUAUAAAAAAAUCAAGACACGAGCUAUGUCUCUGGAAACUCUCUUCUACUUUCUACUAUUAUCCAUUUCCAUCUACACUCUUCUCAACCUGCUUUCCCGUGAUCGUCGCUGCUUGCCGCCGGGUCCCAGACCAUGGCCGAUUAUCGGCAACCUUCCGCACAUUGGCACCAUGCCUCACCACACUAUGGCGGCCAUGGCUCGCACCUAUGGCCCGCUGCUGUAUCUUCGUAUGGGCCUGGUGGAUGUCGUGGUGGCGGCGUCGGCAUCCGUGGCGGAGCAGUUUUUGAAAGUUCACGACGCAAAUUUCUCGAGCCGGCCGCCGAACUCCGGCGCUAAACACAUCGCUUACAACUAUCAGGACCUGGUUUUCGCACCGUACGGUCCAAGGUGGAGAAUGCUCCGCAAGAUCUGCUCCGUCCAUGUCUUCUCCGCCAAGGCUCUCGAUGAUUUCAGACACGUCCGCCAGGAGGAGGUGGCGGUGCUGACGCGCACACUGGCGAGUGCCGUCACCAAGGAAGUGAAUUUGGGCCAGUUGCUGACGGUGUGUACCGUCAACGCCCUAGGGCAGGUGAUGCUUGGGAGACGGGUGUUCGGUGACGGAACCGGCGGGGAUGACCCGAAAGCUGGCGAGUUCAAGUCAAUGGUCGUGGAGGCAAUGUUGCUGGCUGGUGUUUUCAACAUCGGAGACUUCAUACCGGCGCUGGACUGGUUAGACUUACAGGGCGUAGCAGCUAAGAUGAAGAAGGUCCAUAAGAGAUUCGACGCUUUCUUGACCUCCAUUCUCGAGGAGUACAAGAUGUACGGUGUUGAUGGCAGCAGUAACAGACACAAACACAUGCUCGGCACGUUGAUUUCGUUGCAGGAUGAUGACAGUGAGGGAGGAAAGCUCACAGACACUGAGAUCAAAGCUUUGCUCUUGAACAUGUUCAUAGCAGGAACCGACACGUCAUCAAGCACUAUAGAAUGGGCCAUGGCUGAACUCAUCCGGCAUCCAAAAAUCCUAGCCCAAGUCCGGCGAGAGCUGGACUCCGUCAUCGGCCCGAACCGCCUCGUCACCGAAUCGGAUCUUCCUCACCUGACCUAUUUCCAAGCCGUCAUCAAGGAAACCUUCCGUCUCCAUCCAUCCACGCCGCUCUCCCUCCCGCGGAUCGCCGCCGAGAGCUGCGAGAUCAACGGCUACCACAUCCCCAAAGGCGCAACUCUACUAGUCAACGUCUGGGCCAUAGCGCGCGACCCGAAUGUAUGGUCCGACCCGCUAGAGUUCAGACCCGAAAGAUUUUUAUCAGGCGGCGAAAAGCCCGAUGUCGAUGUUAGAGGGAACGAUUUUGAAGUGAUCCCGUUCGGGGCUGGGCGUAGAAUCUGUGCCGGAUUGAAUUUGGGCAUACGAAUGGUUCAGCUGUUAACGGCGACCCUGGUCCAUGCUUUUGACUGGAAGGUGGCUGGAGACGUGAUGCCUGAGAAGCUGAACAUGGACGAAGCCUAUGGGCUAACUCUGCAACGGGCCGUGCCUUUGAUGGUGCACCCUAGCCCUAGAUUGGCUCACCAUGUGUAUCAGCCAGCCUCUUAAUUAUGACUUGUUUGGUUAUCGAAUGUGCUUUCCACUGUGUUUGUAAUCCAGGUUUUACUUUUACCUUCGGUAAUUACGUGGUGAUUAUUGAUAAUAAAAAAGUACUUAAUAUUUAAUAAUAAAAAUUAUUAUA